AUGCGUGCCGGCCAAUUUUUCGCCUUUGUCUUCUCGCUAGUGGUGGUGUUCACUUCAGUGGAGGCCAAGAAGAAGAAGAAGGCUGAUAAAACUGUCACCAGUAGAGUUUACUUCGACAUUGAAAUCGGCGGCAAAGCUGCGGGUCGUAUCGAAUUCGACCUUUACGGCAAGCAAGUUCCCAAGACCGUUGAGAACUUCCGUGCUUUGUGUACUGGUGAGAAAGGAGUCGGCAAGAGUGGAAAGCCGCUUUGGUACAAGGGCUCUUCCUUCCACAGAGUGAUUCCUGGAUUCAUGUGCCAAGGUGGUGAUUUCACUCUGGGCGAUGGCAGAGGUGGCGAGUCGAUCUAUGGCGAGAAGUUCGCUGAUGAGAACUUUGGUCUGAAGCACACCAAGCCCUACCUUUUGUCCAUGGCCAACGCUGGUCCUGAUUCGAACGGAUCUCAGUUUUUCAUUACCGUUGCGAAGACCCCGUGGCUGGACGGCCGUCAUGUUGUUUUCGGCCGUGUCUCCAAGGGCGUUGAUAUUGUGAAGAAGAUCGAGGCUGUAGGAAGCCAGAGUGGCACUCCAAGUGCGAAGGUUGUGAUUGUCGACUCGGGUGAACUGCCACUUGAGAAAGAAGAGGGAGCUCCUACUACUGAGAAAGACCAAGAAUUGUGAGGAGUGAUGACAACAUCUUUUUCUAAUGGUGGGAUUUUUUCUU